CCGGCAGAAAGCAGGCGAGCCCGGGCCCGCGCGGGGCCUUGUGGGAGGGCUUAAGGAAGUAAAAUGGCGGACCUGGCGAACGAAGAAAAGCCUGCCAUUGCUCCGCCCGUCUUUGUGUUUCAGAAGGAUAAAGGACAAAAGUCCUCUGCAGAGCAAAAAGACUUGUCGGAUUCGGGAGAGGAGCCUCGGGGGGAGGCUGAGGCCCCCCACCAUGGCAUGGGUCACCCCGAGUCAGCUGGCGAGCAUGCCUUAGAACUUCCUGCCCCUGCUAGCACUUCCGCCAGCACUCCUCCGCCUCCCGCUCCACGAGACCUGGCAGGGAGGUCAGCUGGAGGCUCCAGUCCUGAAGCAGGAGAAGAUUCUGACCGAGAAGAUGGAAAUUACUGCCCUCCUGUCAAGCGAGAGAGAACGUCCUCUUUAACCCAGUUGCCCCCUUCACAGUCAGAGGAAAAGAGCAGUGGGUUCCGGUUGAAACCGCCAACGCUGAUCCAUGGUCAGGCACCCAGUGCAGGUCUGCCAAGCCAGAAGCCCAAGGAGCAGCAGCGCAGUGUGCUCCGCCCAGCUAUGCUGCAGGCCCCACAGCCCAAGGCGCUAUCCCAGACUGUCCCAAGCAGUGGCACCAAUGGGGUGAGCAUCCCGGCAGACUGCACAGGGACAGCAUCAUCAUCGUCGCCAGAAAACCCUGCACGGAGAAGCCCCUCUGAGUCCACGGACGAGGCACAUGCACUUGAGGAGAAAGAGCCCCAGAAAAAAGAGUCUCGAAACACUUCUGAGGAAAACUGUGAGCGGAGAGAGCAGGCCACGCAGCAAGUGUUUGUGUUCGGGCAGAACCUGAGGGACAGAGUGAAGCUUAUGAACGAGAACACUGACAUCGCUGACAUGGACAAUGCUGGACACCCCAGCUCAGAAACUCCAACCGCAACCAACUACUUCCUUCAGUACAUCAGCUCCAGUUUAGAGAGCUCAACCAACAGUGCCGAUGCCUCCAGCAACAAGUUCGUGUUUGGCCAGAACAUGAGUGAGCGUGUUUUGAGCCCCCCCAAGUUCAAUGAGGUCACUUCAGAUGCCAACAGAGAAAAUGCGGCUGCUGAGUCUGCGUCCGAGUCCUCCUCCCAGGAGGCCACCCCUGAAAAAGCUGAUAACAUUUCAGAGUCCCUGGCCGAGUCAGCAGCUGCCUACACCAAGGCCACUGCGCGCAAGUGUUUGUUGGAGAAAGUGGAAGUCAUCACCGGGGAGGAGGCAGAGAGCAACGUGUUACAGAUCCAGUGUAAGCUGUUUGUCUUUGACAAGACCUCACAGUCAUGGGUGGAGCGAGGCCGAGGGCUGCUCAGACUCAACGACAUGGCGUCAACCGAAGACGGGACGUUACAGUCCCGACUGGUGAUGCGGACCCAGGGGAGCCUCCGGCUGAUCCUCAACACCAAGCUGUGGGCACAGAUGCAGAUUGACAAGGCCAGUGAGAAGAGCAUCCGCAUCACAGCCAUGGACACCGAGGACCAGGGUGUGAAGGUCUUCCUGAUCUCGGCCAGCUCCAAGGACACAGGCCAGCUGUACGCAGCACUGCACCACCGCAUCCUGGCCCUGCGAAGCCGCGCAGAACAGGAGCAGGAGGCUAAGACACCCGCACCUGAGCCCGGGGCCGCCCCAUCCAAUGAAGAGGAUGACAGUGACGAUGAUGUGCUGGCGCCCUCAGGGGCUGCUGGAGCUGGCGUAAAUGACGAAGCCGAUGGACAGACACCCGGGAGCACAUAGCAGCCGGAGUCAGCUGCGGCUGCGCGUGAGCCUGCUGCUUUGUCUGUCUGUCCAGCGCCCGCCCCUCCCCAAGGCAGCGUAGGUGGGCUGGAACCAAACCCGCCGAGUUGGCCACAGUCGGGAUUGGCGUGCCCCGUUCAAAAGCAGACUCUGGGAACUGCCUGGAUGUGGUUUGGGACAUGAGACCUCAUCAUAUUGAUGAGCCAAAAAGAGCGUUCCCCGCCCCUUCUCUGAAUUGAAAUGGCACAUUAAGACUUGUCACGGCUUCUCACUGGACUUGGAGACCUGCUUUCUUCACCCCGCGUGUCUCAGCCUCAGGGUCUGCUCGCAGGAAUGCAGACACUGGCCCAUGGAUGUUCUGUUUACUACUCUCUUUACUUCCGGUUCCCAUGCUCUGAUUUGGGUUUAUA